AUGAUAGAGUUUAUUUUGAUGAUCAACAAGCAGGGGCACACCCGAAUGAGUCAGUACUACAUUAAAAUACCUCUCAAAGAUAGGGUAACAUUGGAAUAUGAACUAAUUCGCAUAUGUCUAAAAAGAUCAGAUGAUCAGUGCUCCUUCUUUUAUUUGCGAGAACACAAGAUAAUUUAUCGCAGAUACGCUAGUUUGUAUCUAAUAGUAGGUUCAACAGAGGAUUCCAAUGAAUUGGGCCUAUACGAGUUCAUUCAUAACAUUGUAGAGAUUUUUGACAAAUAUUUUAAAAGUGUAUGUGAACUGGAUAUAAUGUUUAAUUUGGAAAAGGUUCAUUUUAUCCUUAACGAAAUGAUCAUCGAUGGGCGAAUAAUCGGCACUAACAAGACAAAUGUCCUAUACCCAUUACAUUUGUUAGACAAAGUUAACAAAGGGCAGACUUGA